UAACUAUCAGAAAUAGAAAUUGUAUUGACACAAACAUGUGGACUUCAGUACUCCCACCGGGGCACUGGCCUCUCUUCAUCCUUGCUUUAACAUUUAGCCUUGUGGCAGCUACUGUGGUUGCUGAUCAUGAACCUUAUGAAUAUUCUUCUCCACCUCCAUACUAUUACAAGUCACCACCUCCACCAUCUCCCUCACCACCGCCUCCCUACAUAUACAAGUCUCCGCCUCCACCCUCUCCUAGUCCCCCACCACCAUACUACUACAAAUCACCACCUCCACCAUCUUCCUCACCACCCUCUCCUAGUCCCCCACCACCAUACUACUACAAAUCACCACCUCCACCAUCUUCCUCACCACCGCCUCCCUACUACUACAAGUCACCACCGCCACCAUCUCUUAGUCCCCCGCCACCAUAUUACUACAAGUCACCACCCCCACCAUCUCCGUCACCACCACCACCUUACUAUUACAAGUCACCCCCUCCACCAUAUCUUCACUACUAGUCACCGAUCCUCAAGUGAAAUCUCCACCUCAUUACUAUCAUACAUCAUCAACAUUUUCAAAGGGCUAGUUAAGAUAAGUUAUUGUUUUAAUCUCUUCGUUCGGGUUGAAGAUUUGAUGUGGAAGAAGAAUAAUUAUAACGUUU